UUUCAGCAAAAUAACAAGACUGCCAUCCCCAUCAAGAUAUAGCUAAAACCGCACUUAAAAUUCAAUUCAAAGUCACUUCCGUCACAAGUUAACAUUCCUAUACAACUAUAACCAGCUUUAAUUAAUAAUAACAAUAAUAACCUCAAUAAUUCAAAAUCAAAAGCUGUUAAAUCUCACCGCCGCAAUGAGUUUGCCGGCGACGGCGUUCAUCCUCGCCGCCAUCUUCGUAUUCUAUGUGACUGCAAAAUCACUGGACUUGGACCCAAACGAGUGCGGGCCCGCAACGAAACGUGACUCACGGAACCUCCGUCCCGACAAAAUAACGGUCCUCAUCAACGGCUACUCCGAGUCCCGCAUUCCCCUGCUCCAAUCAAUAGCCGCCACGUACUCCCUCUCCCCCAUCGUAUCCUCUGUGCUCGUCCUCUGGGGAAACCCUUCCACCCCGCCACGUGUCCUGCAGCAAUUGGCUCGCAACCUCUCCUCAACAGCAGCAUCGAUCACCGUGCACCGGCAUCCCUCCGGAAGCCUCAACGCGCGGUUCCUGCCGCGCCCAAACGACAUCGAGACCGACGGCGUACUGAUCUGCGACGACGACGUGGAGGUGGACGGCGCGUCGUUGGAGUUCGCGUUCCGCGUGUGGUCGACGAACCGGAACCGGCUGGUAGGGCUGUUCGCGAGAUCGCACGAGGUGGAUCUGAACCGGAAGGAGUGGGUUUACACGGUUCAACCGGACCGGUACUCGAUCGUGCUUACGAAGUUCAUGUUGGUGAGGAGCGAGUACUUGUACAGGUACAGCUGCGAGGGUGGGUCCCAGAUGGCGAUGAUGCGGAGAGCCGUUGAUUCGGCGCGGAAUUGCGAGGAUAUUCUGAUGAACUUUGUGGUUGCUGAUGAGAACAAUGUGGGACCCAUCUUGAUUGGGGCAAAGAAGGUUAGGGAUUAUGGUGACGCAAGGAACGAUGAUGGUGUGGUUAGUGUGGGGUUGAGUAGUAGGAAAGGGGAACAUAGGAAGAGGAGAGGUUGGUGUAUAACGGAGUUUCAUAGGUUGUUGGGGAGAAUGCCUUUGAGGUAUAGUUAUGGGAAGGUUGUUGAUUCUGUUGGUGAACAGGGUUUGUGUCUUAAAGGUGGCAAAUUGGUGUUUUGUGAUCAAUGAUUCUAUUAUCAGAGGAAUUGUUUGAUUAGAAAAUGCUAUGAAAAUCAGAAUGAUCAAUGGCAAU